AUGCUGAAGAUCACAAAAGGAUUGAAAAAGAAGAAGAAGGGCAAAAAAGGAAAGCACAAAGAAGAGGAACGUUUUGAAGCAGAACUAGAAGAAUACAGGAAAGAACAGGAGCGAAAGAAGAAGCAGCAGGAGGAGGAAGGUGAGGGAACAUCUGCACAAGAGGGAGGAGAAGAAGCAGAGAAGAAGGAGAAAGGAGAAGAGUGGGAGAAAUUCAAAGCACUUACAUCGGGCGUUGAUAAUAUCCUAAAGAAAACUCAGGACGAUCUAGAUCGUAUCAAAUCUCAGAGCUUUUUCCAGAAGAAGCCAACAGCUGUAGAGCAAGAAGCAGCCGAAAAGGCGGAAAGAGAAGCAGCCGAAGCAGCAGCUAGGGCCGAACAGCUAGAGAAACAACAGCUUGCAGAAGCUAGUCAAGAAAAGCAGCACUUAGAAGACCAGCUUGCACUAGAAUCUGAGAGUGAAGAAGAAGACGAUGAAGACGAGGAUAUAUUCGACACAUCAUAUGUAGACGUUGUAGCAAGUGGAGAAGUUAAACUUGCCUACAUCCCUGAAAGUCCUACUUUAGAAGACGAUGGUCCAGAUCCGUUCGACACAUCAAUUGUAGACCAAGUUAUCAAAGAGACUCCAGAAGAGAAACGUAAGAAGAAGCUUGUCAGUUUAGGGUGUGCAGUUGAUGUUCUCACUGGUAAAGUAGAGAAACCAACUACUCUUGCAACUGAAAGACCCAAAAGAAACACACGUCGUCCCAGACAACAGGAUCUGCUGCUUGGGAGUUUUGAUGAAGGUGGUGGAGACGCGAAUAUCGCAUCAGCUGUUGAAGUUGUAGUCGAGGAACCUCAAAAGACACUACUUGAUGAUCUGCUUGAUGAUGAUGAGUUGGGAGAGGAAAUUGAAGUUGACCUUUCAAUAAAUCUAGCACCGAUUGUUGCUUCAGUGACACCCUCACCACUCAAAGAACUAGAACCUUCUGAGAUCGGUGUUUCCCCAGAACUUAAGUCUCUAGUCAGUGAGUUUGAGGAAAUCACAACUGAUGAUAAUAAAGAACAAGCACCAGAACCAGAAGACGACUUGGAUGAUGAAUUCGCGCAACUAGCUGCAGAAUCUCUAACAAAAGAAGUUCAUCCCAUCGAAUUACCUCAAGCGUUGUCCCCUACACCUCUCAAUCAAAACGAAGGAGUCAAGUUAAAACCACAGAGACCUCCACCGCCAGGAUCAGUUGUAACUGAAAAUCAAGUCAAAGAUCUUGAUGAGGAUGAUUUUGCAGGUGAUGAUCCAUUCGAUACAUCAUUUGCAGCUGAAGUAGUCCCCGGGAAGUACGAGUUGAAAUUGAUUGAAGAAGAGAUAUUGAAUCAUAAGGAAGAGGUAAGAAGCCUGCCUACUGUCAGUAUACAGCUGCCAAAAACUGGAAGUCCUCUCAGAAAUCCACUAGAAUUUGAUGAACAUAACUUUUUGGAGGCAGAUCAGACACCUCUGAGCUUCAAACACCGGGAUUUACUUGGUGGAAGUACCACUGAUUUGUCUAAGAUUGGACACAGUCCUAUAGAGCCAGCAUCUGCAAAAGAGGGUGGUGCUAAGGGUUCAAACAGUGAGGAGUUGUCUUACUGUGAUCCAUUUGACACAUCAGUAGUCAAUGAUCUUGUAGCCCCAGGUAAAGCUGAAUUGAAAUUUUUGGAGAAAGAACUUCUAGCUGAAGGAACUCCUGCCAUACCAGUAACUUGUGUAGAAGAGGACGACGAUUUUGAUCCCCGUGCUGAAGAAUCUCCACCCAGGAGAAAAUCCAUUCCACGUCCUGAACAGUUGUUCAUUGGUGGUGAUAAGAGACAGUCAUUACCGAAAGUGGUAGCGUUUAAUGUAACUUCUGAGGAACCGUUGGAGGAUUUGUUGUCGGUUGGACAAAACGAAACAAACAAAGCUUCCAAACCGUUGACUCCUUACUAUCCAGAGCAGAAACUUUUGGAAGAUAAACCAAGCUACGAGAGUGAGUCAUCCACUGUUUGUGAGGACCCGUUUGAUACGUCUUUUGUGUCCAGUGCGCCAGGGAAACUAGAAUUGAAGUUGAUUGAGAACGAACUUGUCGGUGACAUCAGUCAGGUUCCUCCUUCCACAUCACAACAAGCAAUCCCUCAGACAUCAACGACAUCAGUACCAAUCUCCCAAGUAUCAACCACACUGAAACACAGUGUUUCCGACCCCGACUUUGAUCCGAGAGCGUGCGAAUCGCAGAGGAACAGUGUCAGUCAGGACUUUCUUUCAGAAGGUGUUGACGCUGAGACUAAGCUCCACACCCCGGUGCUUCCGAGGAAGAUAGAGGACGACCUUGACGUGUCUGCUUAUUCGGAUCCGUUUGAUACGUCCAUUGCCGAACACAUACUGCCCGGGAAAGCUGAGCUCAAACUUUUGGAGAGCGAACUUAUCAAGUAA